AUGGUCGUCGUCCUCAUUGCUAAAUUCGCCAUCCCAGCCGUCGCCCCCUUCCUUCCGUCAGCCCUCGGAUACACGAGACACCACCGCCCCUAUCGGCAAGUUUUUACUUCCGUUCGCGAAUCGUCCGAAUGGUUUGGAGUCUGGCAAGGGUUGAUCGCCUUUUGUGUUGCUUGGAUCCGGCAUGAGCAAGAAACCCGAGCGUCAAUCCGUCUCGAAGCAGGACGACAGGGCCUCUAUUACCCGACCUGGAUUGAGCGCUUGCUCGAAGCCCGCUUCGAUAUCACCUGGAUCGAAGGCUUCCUGUGUUCCUCAGUAUUUGAUUUCAGCGGAUUAACCCAACGUGCCGGAAUUUUCCUUGACUUUGGACCGGACAGGGAUGCACAACAACCCUCUCCGGACUGGUUUGUCGCCUACAACGUCCCUGUCUGGUUCAACCUCAAGGAUGCCCAAAAGAAAUAUCCCAAUGCAGGCACUGCCAUCUUCCCCCAGCCACAUGAACUCCAGCUUUUCGUCAGCGCACCCCCGACGCCUGGCCCCAGCCUUCGUCUUUCACCCUCUCCACCGCCACCAUCAGAAACCACUGUACCCACCAGCAGCCUUCGCCAUGAGGAUAACCAUCAUUCCCAGAGUAGGGGCGACGAAAUGCGCGCGUUCAUCUCUCGAAGGGAAGAGGCGAUCGCUGAGAUGAUGCGCACUUCUAGCGAAGUGGAACGGCAGCGGUGGGCAGGCAGGAGGGCGACUCCUAAAACUUCGAAAUGCCGAGUCGUCCUUUGGAGUGCUGAUCCUCGCGACCCUUCCCGCCUAGUCAGAGAGCUGGCUGGAGACACCGACAUCCUCGACGAGUACACCUCCGCACAGAAGUGGUACGACCCUAUCAACCAGACGUGGCAUUGCUGUUUCGAUUUGGCUCCAGGUGAGGUCACCGCAGAGGCAGCCGAACUUAUCAACGACUACUAUGGCCAAGAUGUACUGGUCCCUGUUGACGGGGUCUUGCCAGACGCAACGGCGCCAGGGUCUGACCAUUCACUCUCCGCCCAACCCUGCCUUGUAUCCUCCGACGGGGCCUUGCCAGACGUAACGGGUGACGGCAAAGACCUUCAACUCGCCGCCCAGUCGAGCACUGUUUCCUCUCCUCACCAUGUCAGCCACAUUUACGUUCCCCCGAUUCUCCCUGAAGACUCCUCUCCAGAUCAAUUCCUUCCCUCCACCCGCCAGGAUGAACAAGGACUUGCCGACGAAGUCCUCGCCGUCCUCGUCCGGUACUAUGGGUUCGUCCCUCCACUCCCCAUGCCUACAGAUCGCCCAACCGUCGCCUUGCCUGAACCACAAAGGGUCUGGCUCUUACGGACCUUGGGGUUCCAUCCCACCACUUCCCUCUCCAGCCCGUUCUUCCAGUCACCCCUGUGCCACCUGGCAGUGGGUUUCUUGGAACAAUUUUGCAAAAAGUCAGGACGACCCCAUCCUGACAACUUCGACCUGGAUGCUACCAACCGCGACCCCUUGACAUCAAGCCCCUAUCUCUACAAGUGGUUUUUGGUCUCCCGCGACGCCAAUGAUCAAGCUCUGGUCCCCCCUCUAUAUGUCUUCCAGUUCGAUGAGACCACCGGCCCAUGGCUUCUCUCGGUGACCACCGCCGACGACGCAGUCCUUGUAAUGCGCCUCCAUCGUCUUGGAUUACGCGACCUUGCGGUCCAUCUCGCCACUGCGGGAAUACGGUUUCACACCUUGGCUCCCGUCACACUGGAAUUCCCUUCCCGUUCCACCUACCUGCGUCCGCCCCCGCAGGCCUUGCCAAUUCGAACCCCUGGCUAUGUUUUCACUCAGCGCGAUUACGACGCCUACCUCCAUGCGCGCGCUCUUCUCCUCGCUGAUCCUCGGAUGAGGGCAGCUAUCCAACGUGGAGGUAUUUUGUGGCGACUGGCGGUUUCUGUUCUAUCCCCAUGGGACGCCCUCGCAGGACCUACAGGCGCUCCUGGAUUGGCCCUUGUUCACCCUCGCACAGGACAUCAGCUCAUCGACGACGCUCUUACCACAGAGGAAGUCCAGAUCUUGUGCGGGAGUUACAUCUGCUUCACUGGACGUGGGUCGGACCAAUUUUCCCUCAAGUCCUGGUGGCCACUUCCUGAAACCUUCGACCAUCACGACAGCGGUGAAAAUUACGGAAGGUGGACCAGCUAUCGGGAGAACCAUUACCAGAACAGGUUGGAGGAUAUCCGCAAGGGGGCGCAGCCCAUGACCAACACUCAAUGGAGAUCUUUUUUGCGAGGGCGCCCUGACCUCCGUCGACUCAGGCACAACCGCGAAGCGUCAGCGCGCGCAUUUUUGGCCUCCAACUGCCCCGCAUCUGGGCUCACCGCUAGCUUGUGA